CAAGGCAGGGUGAGCUAGAGCAGGUUACACAGGAAUGCAUGCAGAAGGGUUUUGAAUGUCUCCAGAGAGGGAGAUUCCACGACCCUCCUGGGCAACCUGUUCAGUGCGCUGUCACCCUCAGUGUAAAGAAGUUCGUCCUCAUGUUGAGGUGAAACUUAUUGUGAUUUAGUUUAUGGCCAUUGCUCCUUGCCCUGUGGCGGGGCAUCACCAAAAAGAUUGGAAAAGAACGUGGACUUGAGACAUUUCUCUGUACAUGGGACAUUCAUACCAAAUAUGAAUUCGCCUCUCAAACCAGCCCAGGUCGGUUGUGCGUGUCCCGGGAGCCGUGAGAGCAGUGCCGGGCAGCGCUGCCCGCGGCCGCGCUCGGGCUGCUCCACGCGGCGACAAACCUCUCCCGCCGCAAACAUCCUCGUCCCCUGCCGGCCCAGCCCGUCCCGCGGCAGGGGGCCGGUUGCCGGGCGACGCUCGGCCCCUCCUCCGCGGCAGGGCUGGGCCAUGAGACUUCUUGAAGCCAACUCUAGCAAAGACAAGGAGUUCCAUCUGUGCCAGCCAGCCCCGGUCUCCAGUGCUGGUUCCCCUGAUGGCACAUUGUACAAGCCUGUGAAACCUGCCAAGCUGGACGCCACAGCUUUGCACGACUGCACUUUGGCCGCCGCUGUGCCUCCCUCGGAGCUGUCGAACCAUGCAGUCCUAGCCUGCGACACAGGCAUUCACGAGGAGCACUAUGUAAGCGAAGGCGUGGAAGAUGAUGUGCCAGACUGCAGAGAGUACAGAGAUGCCUGCACCAUUACUGAUGUGUGCAAUAGUACCAAUCUUCCUGAAGUUGAAAUCAUCAGUCUCCUGGAAGAGCAGCUGCCUCAUUAUAAGUUAAGAGCAGAUACAAUCUACGGUUAUGACCACGACGACUGGCUUCACACACCUCUCAUCUCCCCUGAUGCGAAUAUUGACUUAACAACUGAGCAAAUAGAAGAGACCUUGAAAUACUUCCUUUUAUGUGCUGAAAGAGUGGGCCAGAUGACUAAAACAUACAAUGACAUAGAUGCUGUAACACGUCUUCUUGAAGAGAAAGAACGGGACUUAGAAUUAGCUGCUCGGAUUGGUCAGUCACUGUUAAAGAAGAAUAAAUCACUGACAGAAAGAAAUGAUUUCCUGGAGGAGCAAGUAGAACACAUCAGAGAAGAGGUUUCUCAGUUGCGGCAUGAGCUGUCCAUGAAAGAUGAACUGCUCCAGUUCUAUACCAGUGCUGCUGAAGAAAGUGAGCCAGAGUCCGUCUGUUCCACCCCGCUGAAGAGGAAUGAAUCAUCUUCCUCCGUCCAGAACUACUUUCAUUUGGACUCUCUUCAAAAGAAACUCAAGGACCUUGAAGAGGAAAAUGUUGUGCUUAGAUCUGAGGCCUGUCAGCUGAAGACUGAAACAAUCACUUAUGAAGAGAAAGAACAACAACUUGUCAAUGACUGUGUAAAAGAGCUAAGGGAUGCAAACAUCCAGAUUGCCAAUAUCUCCGAAGAGCUAGCAAAGAAAACGGAAGAUGCUGCCCGGCAGCAAGAAGAAAUCACUCAUCUUCUCUCUCAGAUAGUUGACCUGCAGAAAAAGGCAAAAGCUUGUGCAGUUGAAAAUGAGGAACUUGUCCAGCAUCUGGGAGCAGCUAAAGAUGCCCAGAGACAGCUCACAGCAGAGUUGCGAGAGCUGGAAGACAAGUAUGCAGAGUGCAUGGAAAUGCUUCAUGAGGCUCAGGAAGAGCUGAAAAACCUUAGGAACAAGACGAUGCCAAAUGCUAUAUCACGUCGGUACCACUCCCUUGGUCUCUUCCCUAUGGAUUCUUUGGCAGCAGAGAUAGAAGGGUCAAUGAGGAAAGAACUGCAUUUGGAUGAACCCGACUCUCCUGACUUGGCCCAUCAGAAGCGGGUCUUCGAGACAGUGAGAAAUGUCAAUCAAGUUGUCAAGCAGAGAUCCAUGACUCCAUCACCAAUGAAUAUCCCAGGCUCUAACCAGUCCUCUGCUAUGAACUCAGUCAUUUCUAGCUGUGUCAGCACUCCACGUUCCAGUUUCUAUGGGGGAGACAUCUCUAACAUUAUGAUAGACAACAAGACCAAUAGCAUCAUCUUAGAGACAGAGUCCUCAGACAAUGGAAAUGAAGACAGGAUGAAGAAGCCUGGAACACCAGGGACUCCAGGCUCCAGUGACCUAGAGACUGCCCUGCGUAGGCUCUCCCUCAGGCGGGAGAAUUAUCUCUCGGAGCGCAAGUUCUUUGAGGAAGAGCAGGAAAGGAAGUUGCGGGAACUGGCAGAAAAGGGAGAACUCCACAGUGGUUCCGUUACCCCCACAGAGAGCAUCAUGUCACUGGGAACUCACUCCAGAUUUUCAGAAUUCACUGGAUAUUCAGGAAUGUCUAUCAGCAGUCGCUCCUACCUGCCAGAAAAGCUUCAGAUUGUGAAACCACUAGAAGGUUCUGCCACUUUGCACCACUGGCAACAGCUGGCUCAGCCUCACUUGGGUGGGAUCCUGGACCCGAGGCCCGGGGUUGUCACUAAGGGCUUCAGGACCCUAGACCUGGACCUGGAUGAAGUGUACUGCCUUAAUGACUAUGAGGAAGAUGAGACAGGUGACAUUUCUUACAAGGGCCUAACUACCUCGACGCCAGUUCAGCACACAGAGACCUCAGGUGAGAGGUCACAAGCACAAGUGACUGUUUCAGAGAACAAGAAUAACCCCCGCCAAUCUCAGGCUUUCACAGAGGAGAUGCAGGAGUCCGCGACUGACGAUGAUGAGGGGUCUGUACCUCAUCCUGGGAAGUGCAUGUCACAAACCAACUCCACCUUCACCUUCACCACCUGCCGCAUUCUGCACCCCUCCGAUGAACUCACACGAGUCACACCAAGCCUUAACGCAGCACCUACUCCAGCUUGUGGCAGCAUUAGCAAUCUGAAAGGCACCCCGGUGGCUACUCCCUGCACUCCUCGGCGUCUGAGUUUGGCUGAAUCCUUCACCAACCUCCGGGAAUCCACGACCACAAUGAGCACGUCCCUGGGACUGGUGUGGCUGCUGAAAGAAAGGGGCAUCUCAGCAGCAGUGUACAAUCCACAGAGCUGGGACAGAGCCAGCAGGAGCACCCUGCUGAACACAUACUCCCCGAAAAUGGCAAUCAUUCCUUCCACUCCACCAAACUCACCCAUGCAGACACCUUCUUCUUCCCCUCCAUCUUUUGAGUUCAAGUGCACCAGCCCACCUUAUGACAACUUCUUGGCUUCGAAGCCAGCUAGUUCAAUCUUGAAGGAGGUGAGAAAUAAAAAGAACAUCAGGAACAGUGAGAGCCAGACUGACGUGUCUGUUUCCAACCUUAAUCUCGUGGACAAAGUCAGGAGGUUUGGUGUUGCCAAAGUUGUGAGUUCAGGGCAAACGUCAGCUGCUCCUUUAACUGAUGACCAGGGACCUCUUCUCUGUGGGGCACAGGGACCAGUGAGGGCCCUUGUUCCUGGAGGCCUGGCACCUGACGGUCUCCCCUUGGGCUGCCCUGCCGUGACCAGUGCCAUCGGGGGCAUCCAGCUAAACACUGGCAUCCGACGGAAUCGGAGCUUCCCCACUAUGGUGGGUUCCAGCAUGCAGAUGAAAGGCCCAACGUCCCUCACUUCAGGGAUCCUCAUGGGAACCAAGCUCCCCAAGCAAACUAGCUUACGAUGAAGGACUUUAUUUUUACAGCUAGUCUUUUUAAAUGAAAAUACUCAGAUUCUUUCUCCAAUCUCCUUUUCCUUUCCCUACCACCCCUUCAUUGCCUCUUGAGUUUGACAAAUCAACUUUGUGCCUAAUGGGAGAAAUGUGUAAACUUUGUAUAAAAUGUGUAAAUAUGUACCAGAUCUAUUGUAACUAAUUGGAUUAUUUUACUGUUCAAUCGAGUGCAAAAGGCUCUAUGUUAUGAUUGCUGUAUUAAGGUUAACUUGCUAACCUUUUGAAAAGUUUUUUUUUUAAGAUGCACUGAAAAAAAAAUGAAAGAGCAAAACCAACAAAAAAUAACUUGACUAGAAAAACGUGAAUUCUGUAGCUAGCCUAACUUGAGUCAAAGGUGCAUGGGAAGCUAUUUGAAUGUGUUACGUGAGACCUCCCAUUACAUCACUUGAAGCAUGGGAGCAUUUGUGCUUCGUUAAAUACUGAAAAAAACACUCAGUUUAACAUAUGGUAGUUUUAAUUUUGCCUCUGUAGAUAGUUGAGCUGAGUUAUUGGAGUGCCUGGCUACUAUGCCUGAAUGGAUGAAACCUUAUUUUUAUUUUCCUGUUCUGUAUUUGCCUCCUGCCCAGGAUUUAUAAACUUGAACUAAUACUGUGUUGAGGUCAGCAGGCCUACUGGGUACCUGGGAUAUUGACAUAUUCCUACCAUGGCUGUUUCCUUUGGCACACUUACACUUUGUGCAACUUCUUUCUUUGUUGUUCUUUUGUUCUGUUUUGUUUUGUUCUUCAGUGCUGCACUGGAUUGUGGAAGGGAAAAUGCUUUACUAUGUGUUGCUGCCACUGAAACAUGCUUUGUCAGUGCGCCCAAAGAAAACAGUUUUCACAACUUGUGAGGUAAACAUGGCAGUGACUUCCUAUAAGUCCCAGUUGCGGAACAGAUCGACAGAUAAGAAUGUUAUAAAAGAACAUGUAGCAAAACCAGUAUUAGGAAAAGGUGAGUCCUUGAAACCUCAGCAGAGAAGCACAGAAAACAUUUAGUAAGGGAAUGGUACAGGUGGAAAGAGCAGCUUGCAGCCCUCGUGCUGAUUUUCGUGUUUCAUGCAUGUCAGAGACUGUGGCCUUGAAAGCAGUGUGAGAAUAUUCUCCACCCAUUUUCUGUUUUAUUUUUUCAGAGAAACCUUCUUCAUCCAAAGUCGGACCCUAACAUAGGUAAAAGUAGGGGGAAUGCUUUAUUAUCGCAGUGUUUUUAAAAUGCGGAAAAUUCCCGCCAUACAAACCUAUAACCCCCUACUUUUUCAGAAAGGAAACAUAAGACUUCACGCAACCUUUAGCUGCCAGGCAAUCCUAAUUGUAUCGCAAUUUUUUCUCUGUUUCUCCCAACCUUAUGCUGGGUGCUUGUAGAAAGAGUUGAAAUACGUUGGAACUGGAACAGACUGGAGGGAACUUGUGUCUAGAGUGGAGCUGAAACAUAAAUAUUUUUUGGAAGAGGGGAUGGAGAGGAGCAAAACAGGGAGGGUUUAGCAUCCACUUUCUUUUCCUUGCACUUCAUGUGGUAUCUAAAGUCAAGCUCCCCGUUUGUUACCAUUGUCACACUACGCAUAAUUGCCGUGAAUUGCCAUUUGUACCAGACUGUUACUAAAUUAUUAGCACUGAUAAUUUCUUGUAUAAAUGAAACUGUCUUCUAGUCUUUGUGACGAGAGAUAAGUGGGUGGUUUGUUUUUUUCUGAAUGAAGUAGUUACUGCAGUAGUGCUAUGGACACUAAGGAAAUUUUUUGAGAAAGAAAAAAAAAACACAUCGGUCAGUUACAGCAUGUGUUUGAAGACUUCUAUUUAUUCUAUGAACUUACAAUGUUUUAGUAAAAUGCCAUCAGCUCUGUUUGCUGUUGUAUGUGUGCACUUAUUGCAAGUAAAUUUAAGUAUCUUUUUAUUUGAAUGUAUCCUAAACCAGUAGAUAGAAUAACAGUUGAUUCUGAAAAAAAGUCAUGGACUUAAUGGACCAUUUUAUAUACCCAGAGGAAGAAAGCAAUACCAUAAGAGAACUUAAAGUGUAGAAGGUAAUCAUGCAAUCGGGAAAUAUUAUUUAGCCUUUAAAUAAGCUGUAGGAGCUGUCCACCCACCAGAGAAAGCAAUUGUAACACAUCAGAAUGAUGAAAUUUAAUUUUUUUCUUCACUAAUAUCAAUAAAAUAACAGAAAAGUU